GGAUAGCCCUUCAAGACCCAGAAAUGAAGUUGACGAUCAAGGAAGGCUAUGUAAAAAUAAUUCAUCAAUUUCAGCAUUACCACUAAUGAGAUAGCCUUAAUGAUCCAGGGCAGGCAGGGUGGGACAGAGAGAGAAGCUUAACACAUACUCAUAUGCAUACAUACAUACACACACAGAAAGAUUAGGGGAAAGGGGGUGUGUUUUUUUAAUCAUGUCAGAAUCGACUUGAGAACAUAUUGCAAGUCACUUCUGGUGUGAGAGAAUUGGCUGUCUACAGAGACAUUACCCAGGGGAUGCCUGGAUGUGCUACCAUCCUGCCGAGAGGCUUCUUUCAUGUCCCCGCAAACUAGAUCUGACAGAUGGGAGCUCACCCCAUCUCACGGAUUCGAACCGGCAACCUUAAGGUCAGCAACUCAACCUUCAGGUCAGUAGUUCAGCUGGCACAAGGGUUCAACCCAUUGCACCACCUCAAUUUCUAAUAGUAGAAUCAAAGAAUAAGAACUCUUCAUAUUAUUCCAAAACUGAAAAGAAAACAAUUCAGAUGAACCCUAAGAAGUUAUAAUAACUGAUUCACAAGGAUCAAUAGCCUUUAAAAAGGUGUAUUUCAAGAAAGGCCAAAACAGACACUUAAAAUUUAAGACACUUAAAUUUUAGGAAUGUACAAAUCGGGAUCCACAUGUUAAUUGUUAUCAAGAACAUACAAAGAUAAGCAUUUUGCUAAAUUCUUUUGAAAGCACAGGCAAUGCAACAACAAACAUAUAUAAUAUACAAUUUUUUCCAUAUGUUUUGAUUGAUAUAUUUUAAUACAGUUAUUUACACCAUAACUAGGGAACCUUUUGACUUUCCAAAUGUUUUGGGCUACACUCCCACAGGCCUUUUUAAUACUUGUAAAGUUGUGGACACAGCAUGCCAUAACAUUUGGAAGUCCAUAAGCUACCCACCUCUUUAUUAUAUUUCUAUGAAUUUGGAAACUGUGUACCCGAGCCUUAUGAUUUAAUUGACAUACAUAAAUAAUAUAUCAGCACUGUGCAUGCACUUGGAAAGACAAAACCUGCUUUUAGCAGCAUGGUUCUCAGUAUUUGAAAUGAGUCCAUCUAGAAAAGAUGCAAGCAAUCUCUAGAAACAGAAUUUCUGUCCUUUCCUGUCUGAUUUCUCUGCAUGUCUUCAAAGGCCCAUGAAAAAAGAGUUAGCAGUUGCUAAACUACAGUACAACCCCUGUAUCCAUGUUCCCAGACUUCACGUGGGUAUUAGGAUAAUAACCCUAUUUAAAUGAAGGGCUUCUGGACCAAGAAUGCAAUAAAGUCAUGCUGAGGGCCUUGAGAAGACAUAUUUUGUCAGAUAUGGAUAAUGAAACUGCAGAUACUGAUCCCAUGAAUAUAGAGGUUAUACUGUGUUUACAAGCUCAUGUUACACUUACAUAAAUUAGAGCUUGGAAUGUUACUUUAAAAAUAAUAAUCAGUUACAGUCAAUGAUUCAAAUUCUAUCAAAAGCAGCUGGCUACAACCAUAAUAGCCAUCUUAUAAAAAGUAAAUUGUUACUUUGCUAUUUCUCAAAGGUAGGAAAAUAUAGUUUUCAGUUUGUGGGGAUGGAGUCCUAAUGCCAUGAGCCACUGCUUUCCAAUAUUAAAACAGAGAUUCUUCCUGUCACUGCAACACCAAAUAGCAACACAAAGCACAGAACAUGAACAUGGGUAUUUAUUCUCCACCAUUUUGUGGGGCCACAUCUUUGUUACUAUAGAAGUGAAUAAAAAUCCAAACGAUGCCUCCAGUAAAACCAAAUUAAUUAGAUACUCAAUUACUCCAUUAGAUCUGGACCUUCCUUUUCUCCAUUUUAUGCCUCAAGAGACUUACAUGGCUACUUCUUUGAAAACCAAGUUGAUAUCUCGUAUUAAGAUAAAAGCUCCUCUAUGGGAGGCAAGAUAAUACUCUUGAUUGCAAUACAUUAAGAACUAUUUGACUGCUCUUUGCAACUCACAUUUGUGAUCUUUAGUACUCUAGCAUGAUAAGACCUGGGGCUUCUCUCUCCCUCCCUCAUUCAUUUUUUUUUGUUUUUUUGCAAAUGCUACAUUUGAAAUCAAACACAUUCUAUGCUUUCAAACCAGAAGGUUUCAUUCAUAGUAUCUUGAGAUUUCAGAAAAAGGCAAUGCAGAGGCAGACACUCUUACAAAAUGGUAACAAUUGGAAGUGGAGUUGGGAUUACUUUAUAACGAUUACUGAUAUAAUUUAAUAUUAUUAUCUAAUCCCAUUUUGGAAAUUACUAAAUUUGUUUUGAGUUCCUUGUAGUGAACUCAGUAAUUCAGCUUCCCUUAAAUUAAGUACAAGCAUUGGCUCUGAAAAUCUCUUGAUUUAUCCCUACUUAAAACUGAAUUUGCUGAUACAGGGUGCAUCUACAUUAUAUAAUUAAUGCAGCUUGACAUCACUUUAACUGCCAUAGUUCAAUGCUUUGGAAUCCUGAGCUUUGUAGUUUGAAGAGCCAUCAGCAUGCUUUGGCAGAGAAGACUAAAUACCCAUUGAAGUGGUGCCGAAAGGUAUUGAUUCUACAGUUUAUAUACAGUUUACAGUAUUUAUUUAUUUAUUUAUUUAUUACAUUUAUACCCCACCCUUCUCCCCGAGGGGACUACUUCUGCCACAUGCUAGAAGUGUUUCUUUCGAUGUUACAUAAUUUCCAGACCAUCUUACAAACAAAACCGACAUUUCAAAAGGAGAAAUUCAGUGUGGUCUCCAGACUUUUACAAAAUAUUUUAUAAGACAGUUCCAUCAUUUUGCAUUAAAGGCGUUCUCAUUAUUGAUAAUGUAAAUGGUCCUGGUAUUAAAGGAUUUGAUAAUACAGUCUAUUCUGUCAUUCUGUGCAGUAUUUAUUCCAGUUGUAAAAACACACUUCCUUAAAAGGAACUCCUAUUUUGGUGCCUCUUGACUGCUGAUUUGCAAUUGAUCUCUUAUUCUAAUGGCCUUUAGAAAACUCUCCAGGCCAAAGGAAGGAAUUCCCCCUUUCCUUCUAUCACUUUCUUUACAUGAUCUCUCCUCAAAAUUAUUGCACAUUAAUUGUUAUAUAGAUGGGAUACUGUCACCUGGGCUCCAAGGCUUCGAAUUUGGAACUUGUAUUUACUUAUUGCAAAUAUUACCAUUAGAAACAAGCUAGCCUAUAGUUACAUUAUGUUUGGUUACUACUUCAGUAACAUGUGACACAUACCUGAUCUGCAAGGCAGACUGACAAAAGGGAAGUUUGAGUUUUUCUUUUGUUUUUUAGAAAUCUUAUUUAUGCAUUUUAAGCCUUGUUUUAAAAGUGUGUUAGGAUUGCAACACAGAAUAUGUUCUUAAAUGUAUUAGGUGGCUUCUCUGUAUAGUGAAACAGAAAUUUAAACAGUGUAUUGUGAGUAUAAUUAUACUUACUUAAGAUACAUUUGCCAUACAUUGUGUCUAUUUUUGAUGUAUAUGCCUUCUGUGCUUGUAUCUUAGUCAUUAGAUUUCAACCUAAGUGUCUUCCUAUUUGCGACUCAAGAGCAGCAAUAUUCAAAUCAUAGUAAAGUUAUUUCAACUAGAAUUGUAUAGAAAAAUAUUGACAUUCAACAAUGGUUUUAUUCUUAUUUGUAUUAUUAUUGUAUUAUUGAUUAUGGGAUAUGGGCUAUUUAUCUGAUUUGUACAUAUUAGCAAAUACUAAUUGCUUUUUGCUUGAACUUGGCAGAUGUUCGCCAAACUGUGAAUUUGGUUUUGCUUAAGUUUCUGUUUCCCCACCUGUUUUCAGUCUUGCAGAUAUUCUGGUGGAAACUUGAUGACCAAGUGGUCCCAUUGAAUCUUUCUCCAUUUUGAUAAUGUGCCAUGUGACGUAUUUCAGGAAGAAGGGGAAUUGUCUACCCAUUUGCACCAUGCCAUUUCAAGUCUUCUGGUCUCUGUGUUAAUUUUGACUUCUCUGCUAUAUACAAGGGUCAUUGCUAUUACAUGAAAUUGAAAGCACUGAAAAGAGCCGAAGAAACAAAAAUAUCUAGAGGAAAUAUGUCACAUUCAGAUGUAUCUCAUGUCUCUUUAAGAAGAUGCGUGGAAGUCUUCUGUAUUUACUUCCAAGCAGGUCGGGUGGAAGAGCCUUAUGUCAGCAUCACCAAGAAGAGGCAGAUGCCAAAAGAUGGACACUCAGAUGAAAUUGAAAAGGAAGUGGGCCAGGCUGAGGGCAAGCUGUUUACACACAGGUCUGCAUUUAGUCGGGCAUCGGUGAUCCAAGCUUUCCUAGGCUCUGCCCCUCAGUUGACACUUCAGCUAUACAUAUGUGUCCUCCAGCAAGAAAUCACUGCAGCAAGAAGUAUCUUCAUGACCCUUUCUCUUCUAUCAAUUGUCUACGGAGCCCUGCGAUGCAACAUUCUAGCCAUUAAAAUCAAGUAUGAUGACUAUGAUGUCAACAUCAAGCCGAUGGCCUAUCUCUGCAUCUUCCUCUGGAGGAGCUUUGAGAUUGCUACUAGGGUGAUAGUCCUUGUCCUCUUCAGUUCAGUCCUUCAGAUCUGGACCCUCCCAGUGGUGCUUGUCAACUUCUUUGCCUUUUUCUUUCACCCAUGGAUUCUCUUCUGGCAAAGUAAGUGUACUUUGCCAGAAAAUAUAGAGAAGGCUUUGAGCAAAGUGGGCACCACCAUUGUCUUAUGCCUUCUCACUUUCCUGUAUGCUGGUAUCAAUAUGUUUUGCUGGUCAGCUGUUCACCUGAAGCUAAAUGAUGCUGAUUUAAUUGACAAAUCCCAAAACUGGUGUAGGCUGGCUUUGUAUUAUCUACUGAGGUUCCUUGAGAAUGCUUUUCUCUUAUUGAUGUGGUAUAUGUACAAGACAGAUGUCUACACUUACGUAUGUGCCCCAAUGCUGUUCCUGCAGCUGCUCAUUGGCUAUUGCAUAGCUGUCCUUUUUAUGCUUGCGUUUUAUCAGUUUUGUCACCCAUGUAAAAAGCUUUUCUCCUCCAAUAUUUCAGAAGGAUUGGUGCUAUGCUUCAAGUUCUUUUGCUAUAUCUGUAAGCCCCUUGGAUCUAGCGCCUCUGUGGAAAAGGCAGAUUUGAAAUCACAAGAGGAUUUUGAAAAUGACACAGUUGCCAGUUACAAAACAAAUGAAACCCAGAAUGGAAAUGCUCACCAAAGUGUUUCUUCCAAUGCCUAGAGCAGGUAUCUGAGAUUCAAAAGUUAGCAUGUAAACUUUACAUAGCCAUAGAUCACUGCCUCCAAGCCAUGUAUGUCUCACUUUGAGUAUGGGAGAAUGUUCAACUACUUCUUUGCCAUUGAAUGUGUCUGAGUAGAUGGUCGUAGACUUACCUUACACAGUGAUUUUGCAUGAUAGUAUGUCUUCUGAUUAUACCUUGCCUUAACAUGGUAGGAGACAUGUUGUAUUAUUAAGGUGCUGCAACACAAGCUUGGUUUUUUUUUUUUUUUUGUAAAAUAAUGACAUUCUUAUCAUUACUGGUCACAAUUUCUGGACACUAUGCUUGGAUGUAAACGUCAUUCUAUUGCUUUGGAGUAGACCAUGCAAUUACAAAGUAGCUGAUGAAAGGAACUCUUUUUCAUGCCAAAAGCUCAAGCCAUCAAUGGAAAAGGGAAUUCAGAAAGACUUCUGAGUUUUCUUCAAAGACUGGCAUGGACUGAGCCCCUCCACCUCUUCUCCAUCUGUGAUGUAAUGUGUUAUUUAAUCUCAUUUAUUCUGGACUGAGUGCAAGAUGGAAGAUGCAAGAGGAAUGUUGCUGCUUUAAUUUAAGUUUUGCCACUUCUCAUCAUCCCACCAGCCAGAUUUUUCUUCUACAUGCCACCGAUGUUGACAGUCUCCAAAGGCAGUUAGAAGACUUGGUUUUAAUAUUGUUUUAUGAUGUAGAAAAUUGCCUUGCCUAGUUUUGUUUUUGCUUUGUACAGUGCUAAAAGAGCUCCUCUGGAUUGGCACAGUGGAUAGCAGUAGCUAAAGAAAUGUUAAUGUAAUUGAACUACAGUUUUAGUAAUGUCUUAUGAUCAAUACCUGUUGUUUUAUAUAAAUAUUUCCAUUAUGCCAAACCUGUUGAUAUUACUGAAAAUGAAACGCUAUUUGCUAGAAUGCUAGCAUUAUGCUUUCAAUUGAUGUGAAAAGCCAAAAUUCCAGCAUCAGUUUUGGAUGCUGAGUUUCAGCAAUGAGAAAACCUAGUUCAAAUUCAAGUUAACUUUGAAUAAGCCAUUUUCUUUGGCUAUCCACUACAUUUUGUACUUCACUUUCUUCCAAGGUGCUUGGACUGUUAGUUUACAUUACAAUUCUAUGUAUGUGUAUUUCAGAGCCCCCUUACAAUACAUAUUUGGUGUAUUCCCAAUGUAGCACCAUGAACAACUCUCCAUAACAAAUUGGAGAAAAUUCUCCUGUGUCACGGAACUAGUUUCAAAGUGAAAUAGCUUCAAUACAUCUUCUUUGAGUCCCUUCAGGGAGAUAGGGCAGAAUAUAAAUCUAUUAUUAUUAUUUUAUUAUGACACAGCAAACAAGGUAGAUAUGCUGGAUUUUGUUUCACAAAAUAACCAGUCAAACACUUCCCAAGUGUCUAGGACUGUAUGAUGUAUUUUCGGAUGAUGCGUGCAGAUCCCAGUAGGGUGGCCUUUUGCAGUUGACAGAUGGUAAUUUUGUCAAUGUCUAUUGUUUCCAAAUGCCGGCUGAGAUCUUUUGGCACGGCACCCACCGGGACCACCUGCACUGGUUUCUGCCAGAGUCUUUGAAGUUCAAUCUUGAGGUCCUGAUAGCAGCUGAGUUUUUCCUGUUGUUUUGAAUUUUUCUGACCUUUUGUGUGUAUUCUUUGCUGACCCAGUUUUCACAUGUUCAUGCUUGAUGUUGUCCAGCUGUAAUAUGCCCAGAUAUUUAUAGGCCUCUGGCUGGUGACACUUUAUUGUUUGGCCAUUAGGCAUAUUUAUGCCCUCACUUUCAAUGCCACUGCCGAACAUUUGUCCAAACCAAACUCCAUGCUGAUAUCAGUACUAAAAAUUCGGACAGUGUUGGUCAGAGACUGGAUUUCAGUUUCCGUUUUCCCAUACCGCUUCAGGUCAUCCAUGUACAUCAGAUGUGAAAUUUUGUGAGAUUUCUUAGAUGUUUGAUAGCCGAGAUUUGUUUUUUGUAAGAUUGUGACAGAGGGAUUAUGGCAAUAAUGAAAAUAUUAUUAUUAUUAUUAUUAUUAUUAUUAUUAUUAUUAUUAUUAUUAUUAUUAUUAGGAAGAGUUCACUUUUCAAAUUUUUCAAGACAAAAUGGCCAGUGGCAGCAUUGACUAAGGGAUUCGGAUAGUUGUAGUUCUCAAAAGUAAAUUUGGCAAACUUUGGAGUGUUGUACUUCCAAUUUUAUUAUCCUAACAGGACUAAAAAUGUCAUAAAUUAAACAAGAUUUGUAAAGAAAAAAAAUCAGAAAAAAAUCAGAAAAACAAUAAUUUACAAAUCAUUAGGAAUAACAAAGAUCCAAAAUCCAAAACUGGUGCAGGGGCACAUCAUUCCAUUGGGCCUCCAUUUUGAAAACAAACAAACAUGCAUCAACUUCAUCCCAAUUCUCAAGCAAGUGCCACGAGCCUUAUGUAUGAGCUUGAAAAGGACCGCCCUGGUGGGACUAGCAGUCAAGCAUCAGUGCACAUUAGGAUGACAAAUAUGUAUGCCAUGUUAUCUUUUUGUAUCAAAUAUAAUAAUGUUGACUUAUCUGUUCACAUGUAGCCAACUACCACCUUCACUCCUGGAAUAUUAUCUUCCCCACCCCCAGUGGAGAUGGUGUUACUAUUUUAUAUAUGGUGAAUUGAUUUCUUUCUAGAAUAAAAUCCCUGUUCUCUUUAAAAGUU